GCACCUCAAGCUACCUUCUCCCUCUCUCUCCUCUCUCUCUCUCUCUCUUAAAUAAUGACCCUUUUCUUCUUCUUCUCCCUCUCCCUCUCCCUCUCUCUUCCGUUGUUGCUUCAACCCCACACUUUGUCAUCAACUGUCAUCUCUCUCCGAUCAUGUCCUCGUCUAGAUCUCUCUCUCUCUCUUUCUUGGUGUUGUAAUUAGUUUUUCUCUUUCUCUCUCUCCUCUUCUGCAGCACAGUGCCUUUUAAUUAUUUUUGGUUAAGCUGCAUUGCUAGCAAGUGGUGGUAGUAGCAGCAGCAGCAGCUAGGAGAGCGAGCAUGCAUGUCAUGUUACCGCUUUAAUCCGCUAUUAUGUGUGGCUUAAGGCGCAAGCAUCGAACUGCCUCCUGUCGCCUCUCCUCCAUCGCCUGAGCUGAGGUGAGCUGAGAUAACCACCGCCUUUAUAGCAAACGGCUGCACACGCUAGCUGCCGCCCUGCCUGCCGGCCAGUUGCAUUGUGUACGUACGUGAUCGUCGUCGUCAUUGCUGCCGGCCAUCGAUCGAUCGCCAGCGGCGGCCGGUCUGUUUGUGCCGGCGAGUCGCGCCGGCGCCGGGGAUGGGGCGAGAGGCGAGCACGAAGCCGAAGCUGAGGAGGGGGCUGUGGUCGCCGGAGGAGGACGAGAAGCUGUACAACCACAUCAUCCGGUACGGCGUCGGCUGCUGGAGCUCCGUCCCGAAGCUCGCCGGGUUGGAGAGGUGUGGCAAGAGCUGCAGGCUGAGAUGGAUCAACUACCUGAGGCCUGACCUCAAGAGAGGCAGCUUCUCCCAGCAGGAGGAGGAUCUCAUCAUCAGCCUCCACAAAAUUCUUGGCAACAGGUGGUCCCAGAUCGCGUCGCAGCUGCCAGGCCGGACGGACAACGAGAUCAAGAACUUCUGGAACUCCUGCCUCAAGAAGAAGCUCCGGCAGCGGGGCAUCGACCCGGCCACCCACAAGCCGCUCAACGACGACGGCGACCACGGCGCCGGGGAAGGUGGAGAGCAGCAGGACGACAGGCAGCAGCAGCAGCAGCACCUACCGGACGAGGAAUGCUUCGCCGUCGGCGGCGCCGGGAGCGACUCCCUCGGCGCGCCGCACUCCCCGGCAGUCAGCUUUGACCCGCUGUCGGUCACCAACGUGCCGACGAUGAUGCAGCAGCCGUCGUCGCCCUACGCCGGCGCCGAGCACUCUUUCCGGUCGGACACCCUUUGCGACUACGGCGGCGGCGUCGGCGUCGUCUCCGACGCGGGCACGUACAGCGCAUACACCGGCGACAGCUCAAGCAACAGCAACAGCACGGCGUGGACGACGUGCGGCAGUAGCGUCGUCGUCGUCGGCGGCGGCGAGCCGCGCAUGGACAUGUUCGGCGGCCGGGUCGACGCGGAGCCGCCGCCGUACCCGUUCGACACGGCCAGGUUCAGCCCCUGGCACCACCACCACGAGCCGACGCCGGCAGUACCGCCGCCGCAAAGGCUGGACGACGGCGGCGGCGCGGCGAGCUUCCCGAUCCGGUCGCUGUCCCGGGGCAUGCCGGAGUCGUGCUUCGACCUCGGCCGCGGCGCGCUCGACGACGAGUUCGGCGUCGACUUCCUCUGACCAAUCACGAGCGGACACGCGUCCACGUAUACGUACGCACGCCCACUCGAGCGUACGUACGUACACGGUACAUAAACCUCGCUGUAUGCCACAGAAGAUCGCGGAUCAGAAGACGCGACACGUGUCAGGAAUCGGCCGGUUCUACCUUCUUACAAUCUCUCUCUACUCGCACCUUUUUUUUUAUUGGACUAAAUUGUUCAAUUAACUCUUUCUUUGGUGUAGCUGUGUGUGCAUAAUAAGGGCUACCUAUAUAUAUAUAUUAUCCAAUGAUGAUGGACUCUUUUUUGCCAGAAUACACACAUUGAUGGAAAUGAUUAAUAUUCAAUGAUAAUCACAUAUUAUAUA